AUGGGUAACGGAAUAACAGUCAAUAAAAAACAAUUGCCCGGUGUACCCCAACCACCCGGUGCCCGAAAGAUUGUUGUUAUUCCAUAUCAAAAUUGGAUUUCUCAUGAUGCACGUCGUUUUGGUCAUUUUAAUCAAUUUAGUACCGAUCCUAGUUGUGAAGUAUCUUCCAAUAAUAAUACUAAUGCAAUGUCAUCUGCUCUCCCAUCGGUAUCAUCAAAUUCAUUUUCUUCUCCGUCGUCGUUUGUCUCAAAUUCAUUAUCAUUAACAAAUGACUUUAUUGUUCAAACAAAAACGCAAUUUUCAUCAACAUCCGUUCCUUCAUCAUUAACAUUUUCGAAUAAUAAAUCAAAUAUACGCAAUAAUAAUAAUAAUAGUAAUAGUAAUAAUCCAUCAGCAUCGACAUUAGUCGGUUCAUCAAUGACCUUAUCAAAUUCAUCAUCCACAGUAGCAUGCUCAUCAACUGUCCCAUCGAAUGAUCUUGAUUCACGUCGUUUGCAUCCGAAACCAAUUUAUUAUGUAAAUGGACGAUUUUUUAAAAGUUUAACACGUCUUGGCGAUGCGCAAUUUAUAUUAAGUGAAUACGGCGAAGAUGAUAUUAUAUUAACUGUACCAUCGAAUAUCGAACGUUAUCGGACAAAUGAUAAUGCUGUGCGCGAUCGUAUACAUCGUUUAAAUCGUGUUAUUGGUUGCUGUGACGAAUUUAUGGUCUUUCAAUUAUGGAAAGGAAAUAAUGAAGUGGAAAUAUUUCUAUUUGAUCGACCUGUACCCACCGAAUCAUCAAAACCGAAAUCAUGUAAAAAAUGUACAUGUUUUCGUCGGCAAUCACGACAACCAAAAUCAACACUAAUUUCACAAGAAGAAGAACAACAACAACAACAACAACCGAGCCCAAAAUCAUUACCAUCUUCAUUGAUCAUUGAAUCAACAACACGUACAAAUCGACACAGCUCAUUGAUGCAACAAGCUGCAUUAAGCGCCUAUGAUACUGGCGAAACGCAACGUUCACCAAUAAAAUCAUGUUCAUUAUUAAAUAAUACGGAAAAUCGUUUAGAUAUGCAAAAUGAUGCAUAUGAAUUUGUUGACAAUGCAAAAAAAGCAUCGUAUCUAAUUGGCUCAGCUCGAUGUGCGUUGGUAACGACGUCAGCUGUUGCUGUUGUUGCCACUAAUAGUACUGCUAUUGCUAAUACUAACAGUAAUGCUAUGACAUCGACUACGUCGAAAACCCGAUUUGGGAAAUCGGCGAGUCGUUCAACUAUGGCAAAUGCACGUUCGUACUCGAUUUCAAAUGCCAAUGACUUGGCUAACAAUAAAAACCAACAGAAUCAUUUCCUCGAUGAUUCUAAGCAUCGUUCAACACCUUAUUUGUCUUCAUUGAAAUCUUCAUCAUGCACUUGUAUGAAUGAUAGUGAUUCGAUUUUAUUACCAGCAUCAUCUGCACCCACAUUUUCUCUAUCAUCAUCAUCGUCGACAUGGAAUAGUCGUAUUGUUCGAAAACUGAAUUCAGUUGCGCAUCGCUUUAAUGCGCGUUCAUAUACGUGUUUGAUAUCACCGGAUCGAACUAAACUAUUAAUAACACCGGAUUAUGAAGAUAAACAUUCAUAUAGCCAUCAAACUCAUGAAGUUACUGUUAUUUUUGAUAUAAAAACCUAUGUGAUACUUCGCAUAACACCAGCUCGUUAUGAUCAACGAUUUUCAUUUGAUCCUCGUUAUGGUCAUUCACGUUUAGCAGAAUUUGAUACAGUCCGCGGUCAAAUAACCGAUAUUAAAAAAGAUCGUGUUCUGGUGUGUUCAAAUCAUACAUUAAAAACAAAAGUUUACCGCGUUGAAUAUACAAAUGAUGGUCAUCUUAUUAUUGUUUUAUGCACACUUCCAAUAUUUCAACGUGUAAAACGAAAUUAUUUUUUAUAUAUUUUAAAUUCGUCCACACUAUUACAUACACGUAGUAUAAUCGAUUAUCGCGGCCCAUUUUUUUCGCCAUUUGUAUUUACAAAUGAAUUUUCACUUUUAUUUAAUAUCUAUCCGUCAUUAUCGAACUGUUGUUCAACAUUAGCGAUUCUAAAAAAUAUUGAACCAUCAUCUCAUGUACGUCUCAUUGAAGUUUAUUCAUUACCAAACACCUGCACAACAUUAAAAGCAAUAGCACGACGAAAUAUUCUACGUUAUGUUGAUCGUAAGAAAAUCAAACAGUUACGUUUACCGGACAAUUUAAAAGCUUAUUUAGCUUAUAAGCCACAGUUUGUUUAA